CCGCCCCCGCGGCAACCGCGCGCAGGACAACUUCCGGCGGGGCAGGCGCGGGGGCUCUCCUAAGCCUUCUUCCGCGGCGGCGGCGCAAUGACUACGCUCCGGGCCUUCACGUGCGAUGACCUGUUCCGCUUCAACAACAUUAACUUGGAUCCACUUACAGAAACUUAUGGGAUUCCUUUUUACUUACAGUACCUCGCCCACUGGCCAGAGUACUUCAUUGUUGCGGAGGCACCUGGUGGAGAGUUAAUGGGUUAUAUCAUGGGUAAAGCAGAAGGCUCAGUAGCUAGGGAAGAAUGGCACGGGCACGUCACUGCUCUCUCUGUCGCCCCAGAAUUUCGACGCCUUGGUUUGGCUGCUAAACUUAUGGAGUUAUUAGAGGAGAUUUCAGAAAGAAAGGGUGGAUUUUUCGUCGAUCUCUUUGUAAGAGUGUCUAACCAAGUUGCAGUCAACAUGUAUAAGCAACUGGGCUACAGUGUGUACAGGACAGUCAUAGAGUACUACUCGGCCAGCAAUGGGGAGCCUGAUGAGGAUGCCUAUGAUAUGAGGAAAGCACUUUCCAGAGACACUGAGAAGAAAUCCAUCAUACCAUUACCUCAUCCUGUGAGGCCUGAAGACAUUGAAUAACCAUGGGCAGUGGUUCUUAGGCUGAUGGGCUCCAGAUAUUUUAUGGACAAUAUUAUUUUCAUUGGAUGAUCUUGGAGCUCUAUUAGGAGAAAAGUAAUCAUUUAGGUCUUACAGACUUCAAGAUAAUACAGGUUAUAAACUUCAGUCUCAUUGUUUCCAAUUAGCAAUAUCAUACCUACUAAAGCUGUUCACUGUAAUAAAAUUCAAUCAAAAAGGCAGCUAGGUCAGACGGAAACAUUGUGCUAUUUUGGGUCAUAAUAUUCACUAUAUGCUAGGGAAAAAACUUGCUCCAGUCUCCUCCUAAAUUCCGUGCCUGAGAACCACUGCUGCAUAUAUUUUUUUUAUUUUGUAUCGAACUAUUAAUUGAAGCUUUAAAAGCAUAUAUGAAAUGUAUAAAUCUAAGAUGUAUAAUAAAAUGCACUGUAGACUCUA